AUGGGAAACACAACUUCUAAUCACCCUCAAAUCACAGGAGUUUUUAGUGAAUACUCUUUUCACCAUAAAAAUUGUCUUAUUUCCUCUCAUUCUACAUAAAGAAAAAUAUUAAAGGCUGCUUCAAAGGGAAAUGAAUUACCUCAUAGAAGUAAUCGUCGAUUUGCUCCUAAUAUUCUCAAAUCGUUAGAGUUCAAAAGUGAAGGUAAUCAUUACAUAUAAAUGAAACAAUAUAAAAAAGCUAUUGAAUCCUACACACAAGCUAUUAAUCUCUAUGAUCAUGAUUCUAUCUACUUCUCAAAUCGAUCAGUGGCAAAUAAGCUUCUCAAUAGAUUCUAGGAGGCCAAACAAGAUGCUUAAUAAGCUAUAAAGAUAGAUAAGUGUAACUCAAGAGCACAUUUUCUUUAUGGAACUGUAAUUUUGAUUGAAGUCCAAAUGUUCCCUGAUAUUACCGAGGCACUUAUAAAGCAAGCAUAAUUAGGAAUUGAAGAACUUGAAAAAGCUUCUGAAUAGGUUAAAUAAAAUAAAAAUGAAUAAAAAAAUAAAUUAAAAGUCUUGAUUAAUCAAAAUUUGGCUAAAGGAAAAAGAAUGAUUUAUUUGAUAAGAUAAGAAAUUGAUAAAAGAAAUAUCCUAUCUCUAAAAUAAACUUUAAAGGAUAUUGCACAUAGAUAGCAUUAACAACUAGAUUGGAAUCUUAUAGAGCAGAAUAUCCACAAAAAAACCGAAAUAAUAUUGCCAGAAUACUUUUUAUGCCCUAUUACAUAUGAAAUAAUGGAUGAACCCACACUUCUCAAUUCAGGAUUAACUUAUGAUAAAAUUAGUAUCCAAUAGUAAUUUAAAUAAAAUGGUUAUGUGGAUCCUAUUACUAGAGAAAACAUCGAUCCUUUGGGAUUGAUUUAAAAUAUCUAAUUAUAAAAUGGGAUCCAAUAAAUUAUAUAAUAAUAUGGAUGGAUAGGAAUAGAAAAUGAAAAAGAUUACAAGGCAAUUAAAUUUGAAUGA